CCAAGAUGGCGGCUCCCGUGGAUCUGGAGUUGAAGAAGGCCUUCACAGAGCUUCAAGCCAAAGUUAUUGACACUCAACAGAAGGUGAAGCUUGCAGACAUACAGAUUGAACAGCUAAACAGAACAAAAAAGCAUGCACAUCUUACAGAUACAGAGAUCAUGACUUUGGUCGAUGAGACUCACAUGUAUGAAGGUGUAGGAAGAACGUUUAUUCUUCAGUCCAAGGAGGUAAUUCACAAUCAACUGUUAGAGAAACAGAAAAUAGCAGAAGAAAAAAUUAAAGAAUUAGAAAGGAAGAACACUUAUCUGGAGAGAGUGACUUCUGGGCUGUGCCCUAAGGGAAGAGUGGGAGGUAAGGAUGCAGCCGAGCGUGUCUGGAGUGCUGACGGGAAUGAUCCUGUAGAAAGAGAGACUGAUAAUGUUGGGGUGAGAGGAAAUAAUCCAAGGAGCGAAGUCUUUGAGAAGGACAGAGAUGGUAGCCAAGAUGCAAGAAGAGGAAGCUAG